AGAUGCAGACAAGUGACAACCCGUAUCAAUAGUAUUUGAAAGUGCCAAACAUAGGAUACAUUUCGUGUGUUGUGAAUUUUGUGUAAUGUUUUUUGAUUGAUAAACAUAUGUAUCGCCGAAAUAGACGUGGGGGUGGCCCGAAGUGGUUUCGAACAGGGGAUCGUAACAGACAGGAAAGCGAUUAUAAAAAUAAUGGCAGAGGUGGUCCCAGCUAUGAGAGACACAGUAAUCGCUCUGAAGACCGACCUAGAGGAAGAGGAAGAGGACGCCCUCCAGGACUGCGUGGCAAAGAGAUUGGUUUGUACUACAGGGAUCUGCACAAGAGGAAGAGAUUGGAAGAAAAGUUAUUGGUGAGACAGCGAAUCAAGUUAAAUCCAUCAUGUAGAGAGAAAAUUAUGAGGUUGUUGCAUACAGCAGAGAGAAAAUGGGGAUGUCCUGAUAAAAGACCUUAUCUGUUAAAUGCUGUAAAGACCGAAGAAGAAGAGUCACAAAAUUCUGAGGGAAUUGUGCAUACAGCUGAGAGAAAAGGGGAAUCUCAAGAUGAAAAACCUAAUCUGUCAAUUGCUAUCAAGACUGAAGAAGAAGAAGAAGAAGAAGAAGAAGAAGAAAAACCACAAAAUGCUGAGGUAAUUGUGCAUGCAGCAGAGAGAAAAUGGAAAUUUCCAGAUGAAAAACCUAAUCUGCCAACUGCUACCAAGACUGAAGGAGGAGGAUCACAAAAUGCCGAGUGUGGAUCAUUUUCAAAAGGACUGGAACAUAAAUAUAAGCACAUUAGGGACUCUCGGUUCAAGCAACAGUUCAUUCGUAGUGUAACAGGCAACAUGGAAUCCAAUCUUGAGCACUCUCUCUCAGUCCGUGUUCCUAUCAGUAAACGCAGAGAUCCUGAUUUAGACAAAAUCCUAAAGCAGCAACUGGAGCAGAGGCAGAUGGCUGGAGGACCACUUCUGAGCUUCCGGCGUACUUUACCAGCGUAUAAAAUGCAGAAAGAGAUACUAGAAAUAAUUGCUGCCAACCAGGUUGUCCUGCUGAGUGGUGAAACAGGCUGCGGAAAGACAACACAAGUGGCACAGUUUAUUUUGGAUGCAGAAAUUGCCGCUGAGCGAGGAUCUAUAUGCCGCAUAGUCAAUACACAACCUCGGCGCAUUAGUGCCAUUUCUGUGGCCCAGAGAGUUGCUGAAGAACGUGAUGAACCAUGUGGUGGGCAAGACAGCAGUUGUGGAUACCAAAUACGACUUGAGAAGGCAUUGCCACGACACACUGGCUCAAUACUUUACUGUACUACUGGAAUCCUGCUACAGUGGAUGCAGUCUGAUCCUGCACUGCCUGACAUCUCACAUAUAGUUCUUGAUGAAAUCCACGAACGAGAUAUAAUUUCUGACUUCGUGAUGACCAUUUUGAAGGAUGUCUUACCUAGGCGGCCUGAUCUUAAAUUGGUGUUGAUGAGUGCAACAUUGAAUGCCGAGUCAUUUUCGCGGUACUUCGACAACUGUCCUCUCAUAAACAUCCCGGGAUUCACUUAUCCUGUUCAGGAACUUUACCUGGAAGAUGUGCUGCAGAUUACUGGGUUCGCUAUGCCAAUAUGUAAUGACUCAGACAGAGGCUAUUUGAGGUAUAUCGCAACAGCGAGAAAGAGGCAUAAGAGGGAAGAAUAUGAGAACUGGAUAGCACCAUAUAUCAGGAAACUAGAAACGGAAGGAAAGUACUCAACAAGGGUGAUACACAGUCUGAGAAAUCCUGAUUGUGAGGAGCUGAAUAUUGAGCUUAUUCGUGCUUUGGUUCAGUACAUAUGUAAGAAUAAGCCAGAGGGUGCCAUUCUUGUUUUUCUACCUGGUUGGGAUAAUAUUUCUGCACUGAACAGAUCAUUGGAAGAAAGUGGUGCAUUUCCACCAUAUAAGUAUCGUAUAAUUCCUCUCCAUUCUCUGAUGCCUACUGUGAUGCAGAAAUCUGUGUUUGAGAGACCGCCUCCAGGAGUCCGUAAGAUUAUAAUUUCAACAAGCAUCGCGGAGACCUCAAUAACAAUAGACGAUGUUGUAUAUGUUGUGGACUGUGGUAAGACCAAGAUGAAAAACUUUGAUAUUGAAAAAAACAUAUCUACCCUGCAGCCAGAGUGGGUGAGCCUUGCUAAUGCAAAGCAGCGGCGUGGACGAGCUGGAAGGGUGCAACCUGGUGUGUGCUAUCACCUUUAUACCAGAGCACGUGAAAUGUUACUACAAGCAUAUCCUUUGCCGGAAAUGCUGCGUUCACGAUUGGAGGAGGUGAUUUUGCAAGUGAAAAUCCUGCAGCUGGGCCGAGCUGCCGAAGUUCUCACCCGCGUGAUGGACCCCCCAGAUUCGAGAGCUGUUGAUCUCUCCUUAGAGCUGCUGCACACACUAGGUGCACUUGACCAGGACGAGACCCUCACUCCUCUGGGCUUCCACCUGGCUCGCCUCCCACUGGACCCUCAGACUGGCAAGAUGAUUCUCAUGGCAGCAAUCUUUGGUUGUAUUGACCCUAUAUUCUCCAUUGCUGCCAGUCUCAGCUUCAAGGAUGCCUUUGUAAUACCACUGGGAAAAGAGAGUCAAGUGGAUGCUGUAAAACGUGAGCUUGCUGCAGGAAGCUGCAGUGACCACAUAGUAUUGGCAGAGGCAGUACGGAGAUGGGAAGCCUCAGGUUCGGGGCGUUCUGGCUUUUGCCACCGUUAUUUCCUCUCGUGGAACACUCUCACUUUACUAAAGAAUAUGAAGAAGCAGUUUGCAGAGCAUUUGUACGAGAUGAAUUUUCUUGCGACGGCUGAUCCAAAGGAUGGGAGAGCCAAUAUUCACUCCAAUAACCGCAGUCUUAUCAAGGCCAUUGUAUGUGCUGGUCUGUAUCCUAAUGUUGCCAUUGUCAGGAAAGUGCGGAAGGCACGGAAAGCAAUGAAGUACUCUGUAACAUUGGACACACCUGAAGAUGGCAGAGUUAAACUGCAUCCAAAGUCGGUGAAUGAGCAGUGCCCCGAAUUCCCAUCUCCUUUGCUGGUCUACCACCAAAAACUGCGGAGCACAGCUGUCUAUUUGCACGAUACUACGAUGGUGUCACCACUAGCUGUGCUGUUCUUUGGCUGUGGCAUAGUUUAUGAGGGAGAGGACUCUGGUGAUGGUGUUGUUGUACUGCCUGGGGACCUUCGGUUUGCCUGUUAUAGGGAGACUGCUGAUGUAAUACAAAGACUUCGAGAUAGUCUUGAUCAGCUGUUAGCGCACAAGGUUAGCCAUCCUGGGCCUAUUGACUGGAGCCCAAGAAGUGAUGAGGCACCACUGCUCAGGGCCAUAAUGGAUGUGUUGUCAUACGAAGACAUUGAAUUGCGCACAGUGGCAGAAGAAGUAGACAGUUGUGGUGAAGAUGAUGAUUUUUGAUAGUAAUGCAUAAUGAGUAUGCUGAGAAGACAAACAUUGCAAGUGCAUUUUGUACUCUUUGUGUGUGUGUGUGUGUGUGUGUGUGUGUGUGUGUGUAUGUGCGCGCACAUACGAAAUAUGAUAUUUAUUUUUGUUGAUGAUGAUCUCAAUUUGUCUUGA